UUAUUCCACCAUAGUUUGGCUGGCUUCCAUCGCAGUGCCAUCUGACCAAUCCCACUCUGCAUUGGCCGGUGGGAUCAUGCCUAAACAUGAUUUCUUCUCCAAAAGCGGCGUCGUGUAACUAUAAGAGGACUGUAGUCGCUGGAAAACAACCGGAGAAUUCAAAUUAUUUUGUGGAGUCGUCGUGAUCUGAACAGCAAACAAAAAGUCUGCUUUUUUCCUGCGGCUCCGCCUGUCUUCUUCCCCAAAUUGCUACUGUGAACGCACUCGCACAAAGAGGUGUAUUUAUAUAGAAGAAUAAAGUAGUUGAUCACAUCUAGAGCAGCUGCAGAGCUCUCUCCCUUGAUGAUUCCGAGGGGUUACGUUUAUCUGUAGGCUGGAGUUUAGAUUCUCCAGAUCUUUGAUUGGAAAGUCACAUUGGUCGAAGUGGAGAGAGAAUCUCCAGUCAAAUAACUUGGCAGAUCAGGUCUCCAGUCCAGUAAGAAGAGAACUAGCUAGCAGAUUAUCUUUUGCCAUGAAGGCUCAUAGUAAAAAUGAUGAUGAUUUGGAAAGUGGCAAGUUGGAGAAAGACAGAGAAAGGUCACUACGGAGUAGUAGGAUUAUCACAGUACAGAAUAAGGCCUUACUAUCCGGGCUAUCAUAUUGUAUUUCUUCAUGCAGCAUGAUAUUGAUUAAUAAGUACGUUUUGUCCAGCUAUGACUUUAAUGCAGGGAUAUCAUUGAUGCUCUACCAGAAUUUCGUCUCAGUGGUGUUAGUUUCUAUUUUGAACUUCGUUGGUAUAAUAUCCACAGAGCCGCUGACAUGGAAGCUAAUUAAAGUCUGGCUACCUGUUAAUUUUAUCUUCGUUGGGAUGCUUAUCACAAGUAUGUUUAGUCUGAAAUACAUUAAUGUUGCCAUGGUCACCGUCCUGAAGAAUGUUACUAAUGUGAUUACUGCUGUUGGUGAAAUGUAUCUUUUUAAGAAACACCAUGAUAGCAGAGUUUGGGCUGCUCUUUUCUUAAUGGUAAUUUCAGCAAUCUCCGGAGGAAUUACUGAUCUUUCUUUUAAUGCCAUUGGCUAUACAUGGCAGAUUAUUAAUUGUUUCAUGACGGCAUCAUACUCUUUAACUCUGCGUAGGAUCAUGGAUACUGCCAAGCAAGUCACAAAAUCGGGAAACCUUGAUGAGUUCUCAAUGGUCCUGCUGAAUAACACCCUAUCACUGCCGUUAGGCAUUGUGCUUGUCUUUUUGUUCAAUGAAGUGGAUUAUCUUGCUACUACACCACUCUUACAGUUACCCAUGUUUUGGCUGGUUAUAACUUUGAGUGGAUUUUUGGGCUUAGCAAUUAGCUUUACGUCUAUGUGGUUUCUUCACCAAACAGGCGCUACUACAUACAGCCUCGUGGGAUCGCUAAACAAGAUCCCAUUAUCUGUGACCGGCAUCCUUCUUUUCAAAGUACCCACAAGCCUAGAGAACGCAACUAGUAUUUUAUUUGGCCUCUUGGCAGGAGUGUUUUUUGCUAGGGCAAAGAUGCGGGAACGAUAGUCGAAGAUAUAUUGGCCUUUUUUUUCUCUGUAGAAUUGGCUUGAUCUCCAAUCAAAAUUCUUAUUAUCAAGUUAUGUAGAUCUCUGAGUGUAGAAUAUUUGAACCUCUCAGUUAUGUGUGGUCUAAGCUGGUUGACUUCAUUGUAGUCUAGUCACAAGCUAAGCUUCACUCAAAGCACAUCUUUAGCAGUAACUUGUGGGCUUUCCCGUAAA